AUGUGCUUCCCUGCUCUCGAGCACCUCACUCUGGCCGGCAUGAACAUGAUGGCAGUUGCGUCGCUCAUGAGUCACGGGUCUGUACCCAGACGACUUUUCACCCUGCAUGUCAGUGCAUUGCCACGUCAAUCGCUGCCAGGGGAGUUCAGCUGCCUUACUCGUUCCAUCGGCAAUCAUUGCGCGCAUGACAUGCUCACGGUCAUCACCAUCGAGAGGGGAGAAUUGCGGUGCGGAAAUGUCUUGACCAAGGAGGACUUGGUUCCGCUCUGCGGCUUCCCGCGGCUAACGCAGCUAUCCCUCCGAUUGUCACGUCGCUGUAACCUGGAUGAUGCAGACUACGCGGAGGUCACAUCUCGGUGGCCUGAAAUGGAGACCUUCGAGAUCGGGGGAUUAAUUGUGCACGACACCGAAGACGGCGGAGAGGAAGCACUUGCCACGAUGGCUACGCUCGGACACUUCGCACGUUCCUGCACGAAGCUGAAGCAUCUGACUCUUCCGCUUGUAGUACGGGAAAUCCCAAGGAUUGAAGACGAUCUUCUAGGGACAGCUCAUCCGCUGAAAACGCUGGAAAUAGAAGGAUCCCCGACGCUGGCUAUUCUAGACCAAAUAGCAAUGUUUCUCGUACAGAUUUUCCCGGACCUGCCUUCCGUCAGCUUCGAUGGUAGCAUCGCAGGAAAACUAUCGUGUACACGCAUGGAGGAUACAAUGGACGCAAACUGGGGCAGGUUCGUCCUAAGAUUUCUACGAAAACUCGUGGAAUACCCCGCAGAGAUGAAGAAUGUUGACCGUGGAGAAGCCUCAAGGAGCAUGAGGUACCAGCGGCACUUCUUGUUUGGGCAAUCUACACGUGAUCUCGAGUCGCUGGGCCGUCACAGGUCCAACCCGGUCUCCGUCAAGUCGCGUGUCGCCAGCCUUCCGAGCAUGUGCGAUAACAACCGAUCCACCAUGCAAAGCAACAGGCGUGGCAAGAAAAGAGGCCCGGCCGCCCUCGAUUUGGCUUCGCUCGCGGCAGAUCAGCUUGAAGGGCCGGGUGGGAGCGUCAAGCGCGCGAGGCUGGGAGAUCAUGGAUGGCCCGCCGUCCACUCGACUACCGAUCCUCAGGCAUCGGCUUCGACUAUCCCCCAAGGGGCAACUCUUCCAUCCGCCGAGCAAUCAGACAUGUCAGUGGAUGAACACGUCGCAGCUAGUGGGAGCAGUGCCCCGCAGCCGGACACCGCUUUCGCUAACAGCCUUAAGGAGUCUACCCAAAGGUGCCUGACGGUCGUUGCUGUAUUAGACAGUACACGUGGACCCGACUUGCCGGCUGCCAUAGACGCAGUCGAGCAACGUCUUGCAGAUUUGCGAUCGCACUUGAACAACCUACCAGCCGCUUCUCCAGCGACGGGAACUGGGUUACAUGACGCUCUAUCAUCCGCCAUUUCGCUCAUAGGGAUGGUAGACCAGAAGCUGCUCGCAGCCAAGAAUCGCGUGCUGCAGCGGAUGCACGUAGAGCGCGAGCGCAGCAGGUCGACUCAUUUGUCAAGCGCUUCCGAUCAGCCUACCAGAAUUGACAAUAGGCGCCAUUUGACCGAUCCGACGGAGAACUAUCACAUAUCUUCUAUCAUCGGCAGUGCGACGACUUUGGCUAUCCAUCUGUAUGACGGUGCAUCUCGUCGAACCGGCAAUUUCCUCCUGCGGGCACUCCCUUGGUUCGCGACCGCCCAUACCUGGCUCAACACGGGAGCAUGCGAUGCGAGGACCGCUAAUGUCAUGCAGAAAAAAGCUCUAGACGACAUACCCGAAGAUAUCCGGACUGUACGCAAAAGGUUCAACCUGGAGGUUGAGCCCACGGUUUAUGCCGUCUGUCCUAAGUGUGGCGCGUUAAGUGCGCCUAGCGGUUCAUACGAGCACCCCUCGUGGCACUCGACGUGCAGCGAACCUGUGCUGGGAACCAAAAGGCCGUGCAACGAAGCCCUCUUGAAGAGAACUUUGGAGGGAAAAACUCGACCUAUCAAGACUCUCUGUCACUUUCCUUUCUCUGACUGGUUCGGUCGCUUCAUCGCCCUGCCUCGAGUUGAAGAGUACGGAGACAAGUUCUGUGCAGACGUCUGUGCUUCGGACUUGCCCCCCCUCACCAAAUCGUCGCUAGCUGACGGUGAUCUCGUUCGUUCUCUACCCGGGCCUUCUCUCGAGGAAGACACCCUUUUCGUUGCAGACCGUGGCAGCGAAGGGCGCUGGGUCUUCAUGCUUGAGGUCGACUUCUUCAACGUGGAGGGUAACAAAGCUGGGGGAGCGUCCAAAUCUACAGGCGCCACAGCCAUGGUUUGCCUCAACUUACCAUUGGAGAUGCGCUACGACGACGCCUAUCUCUACGUGCCUUGGAUCCUGGGAGGACCGAAGGAGCCGGACUCGAAAGAGGCGCAGCUCCGGCACCCCAUGCGACUAGUGCGUUUCAUCGACUUCAUCGCGGAGCGUUGGCAGGCAUUCUUGCAGACCUCAAAGCAGGACAUCCAGCUGGAGGACCACUGGAUAUCGCUGCCCACCCUCUAUGUCCACACUGCGGUCUUUGGCAUCAUACAGCACUUGCCAACUGCGACUGGCAGAACUGGGACUCGGUCGACAAUAGAACGGUGCUACGGAACACGCGACUCAGUGUUCUGGGAUCUGGGAUAUUGGGAUGUUACUCGACAGCUGAUUGUGGAUCCUAUGCAUUCCGUCUACUUAGGCGUUGCUCGUCGCCACUUCACUGUCGGUCUCGGCUUGCAUGACCCUAAACCUGGAGUGGCACGCGCCAAGAGAUCUGACAAUAUUGCUUUCCACAAUCCGUUCCCGCUUCUUCCACCCCUCUCUACGCUGAAGUUUGCUGGUUCAUCGGAGACGGGGAACGACACAAAAGAUGCGCUGGCUUUGGAGGAUCGUGCAGAGCUGUCCGAAGAUCAAGCUGCCAUGCGCCGGAGCGUAGCACAGUUCCUCCGUGACGGCGUCGAUGAGCAGGAUCGUACGCGCCAUGAGCACUCUCUUGCUGCCAAGGUCGCUGCAAUUCGCAGCCGACUCAAGCAAAACAGCGAUUCGGACGCGAACGUCAUCAAAUCCAGUAUGGAAACCAGGCAGUGGAAUGCACUCGCUUACGUUUGCAACGACUACUGUCUUCUGGACGAAGAAUGUCAAAGGGGCGUCCUAGCUGGCGCCAAGCAAAAGGCCGUCACAAGAGAGCAAAUGGCUCAGCUGCUGAGCACUCAGGUCGAGAAGCAGAUAGGAGAAGAGGAAACAUCCGGACCUUCCUUCAACACUCGUACUUCAGGAGUUGCGCAUACCGAUGUCGAUCGCCUACGUGCCGAGUCCCUGGAGAAGAUCGCUUCUCAGAUGUCCCAUGCCACGGCGUACUCAGUGGGUAACAUACAUCGCCUCCUGAUGAAACCGUUGAUGGCCGCCGGUGGCGACGACCCGGACAACGCGCAUUCAAGUGAUCCUGUCCCAGCUGCCGCCCCUUCAGACCGUAGCUCUUCGAUUGGAACCGACGACGAGCGCAGUCUAGGACGGGAGACAUCUGUGGACAUCCAAAGUUUCAAUGGACUGGACGACGAUCCGACCACUCCGCGAGCAGGAUCCAUCACCCCUCGAGCAGGAUCCAUCGAUACAACUGCAUACGAGACAUUGCCCGACAACGCGCCGCCUCGAUCAAGUGACGGUACAACGCCGGAGGCGCUAGCUUUCGCCUGCUGGGAGCUGGGUUGUCAUCCAGGCAAAGAAGACAAGAAGAGUCUCGUGUCUGCCCUUUUGGAAUGGAGAGCACGGCAACCGCUGGAGGGUUUACCUUGGUCACCAGUUAGGUCCCAUGAGGUCCUUCAGCGACUACACCAGUGUUUGCGCGACGUGGUGCGACCGACGAGCAUUGUCCGUCCUCCACCAAACGUCGGUCUUCCAUCUGCAGGCAAGAUCAAGGCUGCACACUUCAAGACCCUGUACGAGCUCUUCGUCCCUUUAUGUGUUCUAUCUCUGUGGAAGCCUGGAUCGCCGAUAGCUAUCUCAGAUGCAGAGACUAUGGAUGGACCCUUGACUGCGUCGAUGCUUCUCACCUGCGCUAUUCGAGCAAUGGUUGCAGAUGUAUUAACGGAGGACAAGCGCAAGCAGUUCAUAUCCCUCUAUUCCCGUCAUGUGGAGGCCAUUGAGCGCGAUUGCCCGGGAAUCGCGACUCCCAACCACCACCUGUCGUUCCACAUAUACGACUUCAUGUCGCUCCUCGGACCUGUGAGAACUUGGUGGUGUUUUCCUUUCGAGCGUCUUCUCGGUCGGAUGCAACGUAUGGGUAUCAAUCAUAUACCAGGGGAAUACGAGCAGACACUGAUGGAGACGUACUACGCGAGGGCAUUCUUCCGCCAAUCACUGAUGCAAAGUUCGUCGCCCUUUGUGCAAGCGUUCCGACACAUGAUGGAGCAGCUCUUCGACACCGAGGAUGGCUGCGAUGAUGACGACGAUGAAGACCCAGCGGAUGAAGGCCGAGACCCGGUCGUGAUCGACGCCGGGGACUUGGACAGUCAACCGCAGGAAGUUGAGCCACCUCUGCAGACACUAUCAGCUCGCCUCCGCGACGUACCUCUGCCGCCAGUGCGAACCAGGCAAGCCGCACCCAAUGAGCGUAUCUCUGCGGUUCGCAUAGGGCGCAGGAUAUAUAGCGCCAACCAUCAGGAAAACAGCUACGUGACCUUCGUAUCCCAGAAAUCUCAAAUGCAUUCGAGAUGGUCUGCAGGGAAAAUCAUUCGCAUGGAGAAGGAAGAUGGGCGGAUCAUCUUCUAUAUCAGCCUCUUCACCCCGCUGAGAGCCGAUCUCACCCAAGACCCCUUCGCAGCUUUCUGGAACGAUGGCUUCGAAGCUCAGUCCGUGUCGCCAGUCUUGGAGCACGAAAAGCUCGUAGACGGCGCGCGCCUGAGCAGAGGCCAUCGCAGUAAGGAAUUGUCCGCCCAACAGAGCUACACUGCUUUCCAAUGUUUGUGGUUGCGAGGCUGGCUGGCACAGGUGAACGCGAUCGGGGUGGAGGAGAGAGCGAAGGAGAGCAGCGGCCCCGCGAGUCUUUUCCCACCGGAAGUUGCCAUCCGCGGACUAGGCGAGUGCGACGGCGAGAUUCCCAAGGCGACCUCAGUUUGCUUCGUGGCUUCAUAG